CGGCCACCGUAGCGCGGUGCAUUGUGGGGAAUCCGGGGGUUCUGUUGCUGGUGGUGCGCGCGUUGGAACGGGCGGCCGUUGGGUUCGGAACGCGGCGCGGGCGGCGGCGGCGCGCGGCUCGCAGGGCGCUUAAAAAUGACAACUGCUGCUCGACCGACGUUUGAACCAGCUAGAGGAGGGAAGGGAAAAGGAGAAGGAGAUCUGAGUCAACUUUCCAAGCAAUACUCGAGUCGUGACCUUCCUUCUCAUACUAAAAUAAAAUACAGGCAACCGACCCAGGAUGUCCCAGAAGAGGUGCGUGGCCGUGACUUUCGCAGGGAUUUGGAGGACAGAGAACGUGCUGUGGUACGUGACAAGAACAGAGACCGACCACCCAGAGAACACACAACAUCAUCUUCGAAGAGGCCACGGCUAGACCAGAUACCUGCAGCUAACCUUGAUGCUGAUGAUCCAUUGACAGAUGAAGAGGAAGAAGAAGACUCUGCUAAGGAUAGUAGUAGCGAUGAUGAUGAUGAUGACGAUGACACUGCUGCUCUUUUGGCUGAGCUAGAGAAAAUUAAAAAGGAACGUGCUGAAGAACAAGCCCGAAAGGAGCGUGAACAGAAAGCUGAAGAAGAACGGAUUCGAAUGGAAAAUAUUCUAAGUGGCAAUCCUCUACUAAAUCUUAUUGGGCAGUCAAACUUCAAAGUGAGGAGGAGGUGGGAUGACGAUGUUGUGUUCAAGAACUGUGCUAAAGGAAUAGAUGAAGCAAAGAGGGAUAAAAGAUUUGUGAAUGAUACACUUCGCUCAGAAUUCCACAAGAAAUUCAUGGAAAAGUACAUUAAAUAAUUACUGUUCAUUUCCUUGAGGAAAAUCCCUUCCCACCAAAGAGGAAAAACGAAUUUACUCCUUAUUUCCUAUUUGCCUCCUCGGAAUUUACGCCGGCUAUGCUCAAGAACGGGAGCAUUUACUUAGGAUUCCUAAGCUGCCGAUUAGCUGGCAGGCAGAAACAGUCCAGAAAAUGACGAUGGAUCCCUUUAUGAAGCAUCAAUUUCACCUUUGGGUCUUUCAUCGCAAAUAAGAUUAAGAACUUGGUGAUGUGGGAGGAUGGAAGUUUAAUUUGGAUGUGUCCUAUUCCUGUUGUGACAUGUUGCAUCAGUUUGUUUUGCUACGUAAAUGUAUUUCCACAAUCUAAAAAUAAAUUAAUUUUUUAAACCAAUGUAGUUACCAUAAAAACAUAUAUAGUAUUUUGUUUCUUGCUAUUUCCAGGGAUAUUUGUUAUUUUGAAACAUGAAAUGAUAUGUAAUUACAGGUCUGAAGAAGGGUCUCGAUCCGAAACGUCACAAAUUUCCUUCACUCCAUAGAUGCUGCCUCACCCGCUGCGUUUCUCUAACAUUUUUUUCUACCUGUAAUUAUAGGAUGUGAUCUAUAAUAGUUUGUGGUGUAUUUACGAUGCAAUUCUGUGGUGUCAAGCAGGAUCUAUCUCUCUUUCAUCUCCAAAUCCAUUUCAACCAAAUAAGGUGUCGCAAAUUUUGUUACUACUUGUCUUUAUCUGAAUUUUAACAAUAAAUGUCCUUAAAAUAUUUAAAUUA